AUGCCAACCCUCUACAGCUACAAGGAAUCAGGCAACAGCUACAAAGUGCGGCUCCUCGCCGCAUUUCUCGAAGUCCCACUGGAAGUAAUCGAAGUAGACUUCCUGGGCAAUGAGCAACACGGCGACAAGUUCGUGGCAAUCAACCCCAAGGGCGAAGUCCCGACCCUCGUCGACGGGAACCUGGUCCUGACAGACUCGGCGGCCAUCCUGGUCUACCUCGCCGGAAAACACAGCGGCCCGUACCACGAAACCACUUCUCCUGGUUCUCGAAUAUCUGGCUGGUGGUCAUCGGACGUUGUCGAACAGGCCCAGGUCACGGAUUGGCUCGCCUUCGCCGCGAGCUGGGUGCAGUACGGCGUGUUCACUGCUCGGGCGAUCCUCUCCUUUGGGGGGCCUUAUAAUGGUCUUGGUACUGCGAGUAUGGAGCAGACAUUGCGCGAGUCUCAGACUCGUGGGGAAAAGUCCUUGAAGGUUCUGGAUCAGCGCUUGGCUCGGACUGAGUGGUUGGCACUGGGUCGCCCGACUAUUGCCGACAUCGCGGUGUUUGUCUAUGUCGCCUUGGCUCCGAUGGGAGAUAUCUCGCUUGAGCCUUUUGUGCAUGUGCGCGCGUGGAUCGAGCGCAUCAAGAGACUGCCACGGUUUAUUCCUAUCGAUGGCUUGGAUGAUCCGCUGUAUCGGAGGAGGGAGUCUACAGGCAAGGCCUAG